AUGGCUCUUGUUAGGCGGCUUGUCAAGGCCCUGCAGGUGCCUACAGAGCCUGGUUUAACAACAGCAGAGUUGAUGUUGACGAAUGAUGACCUGAAACCAGUGGAACGAGACAGGCGGCAAUGGAAAUGGCUCAACUUUGUGGCUUUCUGGAUUGCCGAUUCAUUGAACGUCAAUACGUGGAUGAUCUCUUCGGCUAUGAUAGUGGACGGCCUGUCGUGGUGGCAGUCCUGGCUCUGUGUGUGGUUUGGCUACGCGAUUGCGGCAGUCUUCGUGGUUGCCCUGGGACGCGUUGCUACCAUCUACCAUAUACCCUUUGCCGUGGCUAACAGAGCGUCAUUUGGGGUAUGGGGCACUCGUAUACUAAUCCAAAAACUGAAAGGCCAAUGUGUUACUCUCAUGAUCCAGGCGAUUUGGCCCAGCUACGCGAAUAUCCCCAACAAUAUCCCCGUCAGCUCAGGCGUGACGACCAUGGAGUUCACCAGUUUCUUUCUCUUCUGGCUGGGAUCGCUGCCUGCUCUCUGGUUCCCCAUCUACAAGAUUCGACACCUCUUCACGGUCAAGGCAUACGUCUCUCCGGCCUGUGCGGUCGCUUUCUUUGCAUGGGCAAUCGUGCGCGCAAAGGGCAUGGGCCCUAUCAUCCAUCAGCCGAAUACCGCACAUGGGAGCGACCUCGCCUGGGCGGUGGUGAAAAGCAUCAUGAACUGCAUCGCCAACUUUGCCGCCUUGAUCAUCAACAACCCUGACUUCAGUCGAUAUGCGCGCCGGCCAAGAGACGCCGUCUGGUCGCAGCUCAUCACUAUUCCGGUCGGAUUUGCCGUGACUUCGUUUAUUGGUAUCGUAGUCACCUCGUCGUCUACCGUCAUUUUUGGCAAAGCAGUAUGGAACCCGCUCAUCCUGCUGGGCAUGUUCCUCGAAGGUGCCAGCUCUGCUGAGAGAUUCGGUAUCUUCGUUAUUGCGGCUGGCUUUGCGCUUGCGCAGCUGGGAACCAAUAUUGCCGCAAACUCGGUAUCAGCGGGGACUAAUCUCACGGCGCUGCUGCCCCGAUUCUGCACGAUUCGGCGUGGAGCAUACAUCUGUGCAGCGAUCGGUCUUGCCAUGUGCCCAUGGACAUUGGUCGCCUCGUCCAACAAGUUCACUGUCUACCUUUCAUCGUACUCCGUCUUCCUGUCCGCGAUAGCUGGCGUCAUGGUCAGUGAUUACUACCUGGUGCGCAAGGGCUACUUGGAUCUGCCGGCUCUGUACAGCGCCGAGAAAGACAGCCCGUACUAUGGUAUUUGGGGUGUCUCCUGGCGGGGAUACACGGCCUAUAUCUGUGGGAUUAUGAUCAAUGUGGUGGGAUUUGCCGGGGCUGUCGGGGCCAACGUGCCAGUGGGCGCAGAAUACAUCUACAACAUCAACUACUUCUCCGGCUUUAUAGUGGCGGGGGCCAUGUACUGGGCUUUGUGCCGGGCCUUUCCCGUCCCAGCGAUGAGCGAUGUCUGGAACGAAAUCCCGUACACGGGAGGAUCGAUGCAUGCUACUGAGGGGAAGGAGAUUGCUGGGGCGGAGGAGGUGGAGGACGUCAAGCAGGACGUGUAG